AGGGUGGAAUUGCUUGUAUACCUCUGGAUUGGCACUUACACCACGUUUUUACAGCAUAUCCCAUCAUGACCUACAAUCGCGUAGGAGUGGUGACAGGCGCCAAUAAGGGAAUCGGGCUUGCCAUUGUCCGACAGCUAGCGCUGCAGUACCCCAAGUCACCCCUCAACAGUGGCUCCUUCCUGAUAUACCUCACUGCUCGCGAUCGGGGCCGAGGCGAAGCCGCUUUAGAGGACCUUCGCAAUGAUGCCCAGCUCAAGCAAGCACAGGCUUUGAAGAGUGAUAGCGGCCAAACUGAGAUUCAGUAUCAUCAGUUAGAUAUAACCGACCAGAAGAGUCUGGAAACUUUUGCAGCUCACAUCAAGCAAAUGCACGGGGAUGGCAUCGACUUCAUCAUCAACAACGCUGGAAUCGCCAUGAAUGGCUUUAAUGCCGAGCUCGCGAAAAUCACCUUGGGCUGUAACUACUACAACACCAUGGAAGUGUGCCAUACAUUUGUGCCGCUUCUCAAGCCACAAGGAAGAAUUGUCAAUCUGGCGAGCAUGGCUGGCCAUCUCAGCAAGUAUUCUGACGACGUCCGGAAGCGAUUCCUCGCGGCCAAGACAGAGGGCGAUAUCAGUGGCAUCAUGAAGGACUUCAUAUCAGCUGUGGAAGCUGGUAACGAGAAGGAGGCGGGGUAUCCAAGCGCCGCAUACGCUGUUUCGAAGGCUGGGUUGAUUGGCGCCUCCAAGGCGCUUUCUCGAGCUGAACAGGAAAAGGGUAGUAAGAUCCUAGUGAACGCCUGCUGCCCAGGCUACGUGAACACCGACAUGACCAAGGGCAAUGGAACCAAAUCGCCUGAUGAGGGCGCUCAGACCCCGGUGCUACUCGCAUUGGCUGACAUCAAGGGGGCGACAGGAGAAUUCUGGCAAAAUGAGAAACCUAUUGAGUGGUAGGUAUGUAGGAAACAAUAUCACAAACAGCAGUGUUCGAUAUGCCUGUAUAUG